UUUUUCCCUAUUUGACAGAGACAAUGAUGGAACUAUAACAACAAAGGAAGUGGAAACGAUAAUGAGGUCUCUUGGGUAGAAUCCCACGAAAACAGGGUUACCAGACAUGAUUAAUGAAGUAGAUGCUGAUGGUAAUAGAACGGACUCUCCUGAAUUUCUGACAAUGAUGGCAAGAAAAAUGAAAGACACACAAAGUGAAGAAGAAAUUAGAGAAGCCUUCCUUGUGUUUGAUAAGGAUGGCAAUGGCUAUAUCAGUGCAGCAGAACUUUGCCAUGUGAUGACAAACCCCGGAGAGAAGCUAACAGACGACAAGGUUGAUGAAAUGAUCAGGGAAGCAGGUAUUGAUGGUGAUGGUCAGGUAAACUAGGAAGAGUUUGUACAAAUGAUGACAGCGAAGUGAA